UCCUCCGGCCUGCGCGCCUGCGCACGCCGCGCGCCGGUUUCCGCUUCCGGGUGGCGCUUCUCGGUCGCUGGCUGUGGAAGCCCUGCGGUCGUCAUGGAGCUGCUGGGCGAGUACGUCGGGCUGGAUGGGCAGCAGCGGCUGUUGCGGGUGCCCUGUGAGGCGCCGGCCGACGCUGACCCUUUCCAGGGCCUGUUGUCUGGCGUAGCCCAGAUGAGAGAGCUGGUGGCCGAGCUUUUCGACCCCUUGGUACAGCAGGAAGCGCAAGACCGGGAGGCGGCGGCUGCGGAAGAGGCCAUGGACGGUGAUGAUGAAGAUGAUGCAGAAGAUGAAAAUAACAUUGAUAACAGAACUAACUCAGAUGGACCAUCUGCAAAACGGCCCAAACCACCAUCUUAACAGUAGCUUUUAUGAAAUUUUAAAGACUGCUACUAUAUCUGAAUUAUCACACACUGACAUUAGGAAAGACUUGUGCUCUGGUUUGGAAAAGCAUUUGUUUUAUUCCCCUAGGACAGUUUGUCAAAGAAAAAAUUGUUUCUUUCCAGCAGAGAUAAAAUAAAUGUUUAGAAAUUAAUCUGUCUUGAGUGAGAAAUUUCAGACCAUGGAAAUAAAAUAGAACACUCAAUGAUGUAUAAAAUCCUCUAAGUUGGCAACUGAAUUUUUAUUGUUUUCUACUUUUUAAAUAGCUACUGAAUUGUGUGAUCUUUUGGCUUCUGCUUGUUAUUAAAAGUACUUGUCAGAUCUUAGUAACAUUUCAAAGAGCCAUGUGACAUGAGCAAGUGGUGAAAAUUGGAUAUUAAAUUUGAGAAUGGCAGUUCUGUGUAAGAAGAAGGAAAACAGGAAGAGAGAGAAGUACUGAAGAAGGAAAUGAGCCCUUGAGAGAGACCCAAGGAAACCUGGAACCCACACUCAAACGAAUAAACAGACACCCAGAGAUAAUAUCACUCAACAAAUAUGUAUUUAACUUCUACCUUAAGAGAACAAAGUUGGGUGUGCUUUUAUGCUGUAACAUGUUAUAUAUAUAAGCAUGUUAUGUAUAUAAACACAAAUACAAGUCUUUAAACCAUAGAUAUUGACUAUAACUUAAGAUAUUCUCAUCCUGUAUCUAUGCUUUGAUUUUGUUUACUGAAGUACUAUUGAAUCCUUUAAAAUACAUAUAUAUUUCUAAAAUG